AUGGCCGUGGUUGAUAUUGGUGAAUGUAUACAAGGAUAUAUGUCUGUUGCCGAAGAGAUGAUCGAUAUGUCAGUUUGGCUUGGCGCAAAAAAAAAUCUUGAAAUUUACCAGAAAAUAACUCUAAAUGGACAAGUAAAAAUAACUCCAAAUGAAUUCAUAAACAGUUCGUUCCAUUUAACGGAAAAUACACCUAGUGUAUUGUAUAAGGACGAUUUUGUCAACUUACCUGAAAACUGUGACGAUACACAUAUACGUGUAACAUCAUUUGUUCAGAACCCAAAAAUUUGUCAUCCAAAUCACAUCAAAAUGGCCGAUGCAUUCAUUCCACAUUGA